UGCUAGCUGUCCAAGAUGGGUGACACCUGGUCCCAGCUGCCCUGGCCUGGGCCCCCCCACCCAGCCAUGCUGCUGGUCUGCCUCCUCUUGGCAGCCGGGGUGAUGCGCUCGGACGCCGGCACCAGCUGCCCCGUGCUUUGUACGUGCCAUAACCAGGUGGUGGACUGCAGCAGCCAGAGGCUCUUCUCCGUGCCCCCCGACCUGCCAAUGGACACCCGAAACCUCAGCCUGGCUCACAACAGAAUCACAGCCGUGCCGCCCGGCUACCUCACGUGCUACAUGGAGCUCCGCGUGCUGGAUCUGCGCAACAACUCCUUGAUGGAGCUGCCCCCGGGCCUCUUUCUCCACGCCAAGCGCUUGGCACACCUGGAUCUGAGCUACAACAACCUCAGCCAUGUGCCAGCCGAUAUGUUCCAGCAAGCCCACGGCCUGGUGCACAUCGACCUGAGCCACAACCCGUGGCUGCGCAGGGUGCAUCCCCAGGCCUUCCAGGGCCUGGUGCAGCUCCGAGACCUGGACCUCAGCUACGGGGGCCUGGCCUUCCUCAGCCUCGAGGCCCUCGAGGGCCUGCCGGGGCUGGUGACCCUGCAAAUCGGCGGCAACCCCUGGGUGUGCGGCUGCACCAUGGAGCCGCUGCUGAAGUGGCUGCGGAACCGGAUCCAGCGCUGCACGGCGGAUUCUCAGCUGGCUGAGUGCCGGGGCCCCCCUGAAGUCGAGGGCGCUCCACUCUUCUCCCUCACUGAGGAGAGCUUCAAGGCCUGCCACCUGACCCUGACCCUGGAUGAUUACCUUUUCAUUGCGUUCGUGGGCUUCGUGGUCUCCAUUGCCUCUGUGGCCACCAACUUCCUCCUGGGCAUCACAGCCAACUGCUGCCACCGUUGGAGCAAGGCCAGUGAAGAGGAAGAGAUUUGA